AUCACAAUUAACGAGUAUCACCUAGAUCUAAUACCUUUUGAAGAUGAUUUAUUAUCCUUGGAAUUAGAUAACACGUUUAAAGAACUUUAUUUGGAUGGUGAUUAUACUUCAAUUUAUUACGUGGCGAGAGCGCUCAUGAAAUUACAGACGUCUUUUGGUCUAUUUCGAAGAAUAAUAAGCAAGGGAGAUUGUGCCAAGCAUCUUGCUGAUAUGCUCAUUCGUAUGCGUCGUGAGGUUGCUGUAGAUGAUCUAUCAUCUUCAUUAUCGAUCUCUCAAAGUGUAGAUUCACUUAUCAUCACCGAUAGAUCGGUUGACCUCAUAACACCUUUAUGUACUCAAUUGACCUAUGAAGGAUUUAUAGACGAAGUAUUUGGUAUCAAAGCUUCACAUGUGGAAUCAAAAAAAAAAAAAAAUUUUGCUCUCAAUUCUGGCGAUAAAUUAUUUGCCCGAUUAAGAGAUAUAAAUUUUGCAGUAGUGGGAGGUGUUCUUAACAGAGUUGCUAAAAGAAUAAACGAAGAUUAUGAGUAUAGCUUAAGAGAUAAUGGCGCAUACUGUUACACCAGAAUUCAACAAGCCCUAGAGGUGCAACAAAGUAUUUAUAUAUAUUUAUUUAAUUCACGAAAUGAUCAAUCGACAGGUUCCACUUGUUUAAGUUUUACGGUUAUUAUGUCUACAAAGUCUUGUAAAUGGUGGAUUGAAGCAAAAGAUCACAAUCCAUAUGCUUCUAUUCGUAAAACUUUGCGAUUAAUUGUGGAUGAAGUUGAACAUAAUGCUCCUUUAAGCGUACGUUUGAUACAAUGCGUGACGACGACCAAUAGUGGAUCAUCUUCGACUGGUAAUGGAUGGAAAGGAUAUGAAGAGGUGUUGAAAAUGUUGCCAGGAAUGGUACAAGGACAGCAUUCACGUGUCACACUUGCAUUCUUCUUGGGUGGAUGUACAUAUGCGGAAAUCUCUGCAAUACGCUUUUUAGCACAAGAUGAUG